AUGUCUAAACAGUGGGCUGACGGUAAGGACGGUGUUUUCAGAAGACAGGUGUCUUCUUUCAGAGAGACUAUUUCCAACUCUCAUCCAGUUUUCAAGCCUGCCAAGGGUAGGUACUGGCUGUACGUCUGUUUGGCUUGUCCAUGGGCGCACAGAACUUUGAUCGCCAGAGCAUUGAAAGGUUUGACCUCUGCUAUUGGUGUUUCCGUUGUGCACUGGCACUUGGACGAGAAGGGAUGGAGGUUCUUGCAAGGCGAUGCGCAGGAGCUUUUGGCCGGCAAGGCCUAUGAGAUUGCCGGUGGUAUUGAAGGUGCCAACUCCGAUGUCAGCACCCGUGUUGGCGACAUCAAGAACGACAGCGAAAGGUUGUUCGUUGACGGUUCGGUCGAGCCUCACCACCACUUCGAGAGAUUGAGUGAGCUGUACUUGAAGAGCAACCCUGACUACAAGGACAGAUUCACCGUUCCAGUGCUAUGGGACACUGAGACCCAGACCAUUGUCAACAACGAGAGCAGUGAGAUCAUCAGAAUCUUGAACAGUGACGCCUUCGACCAGUUCAGAGACAGCGACGCUGAGGUCCCAGACUUGGUUCCAAAGGAGCUAGAAGCCGAGAUCGACGAGGUCAACAAGUGGACCUACGACAACAUCAACAACGGUGUCUACAAGGCCGGUUUCUCUGAAAACGGCAGCAACUACGAGGACGAAGUCACCAAUGUGUUCACCCACCUGGACAAGGUCGAGUCCUUGCUGGCCGACAAGUACAAGAAGCUAGAGAAGGAGCUGGGCGACAAGGCCAAGAUCCUGUCCAAGUACUUCAUCGUCGGUAACCAGAUCACCGAGACCGACAUCAGACUGUACACUACCAUCGUCAGAUUCGACCCAGUUUACGUCCAGCACUUCAAGUGUAACUUCACCUCCAUCAGAGAAGGCUACCCAUACAUCCACCUGUGGUUGCAAAACUUGUACUGGAACUACCCAGCUUUCGGCAAGACCACAGACUUCAACCACAUCAAGCUGCACUACACCAGGUCCCACCCAAGAAUCAACCCAUUGGGCCUAACCCCAUUGGGUCCAAAGCCUGACAUCAGACCUUUGUAA